AUCUCCUGUGUUUGCUGAAGCAGUGUCAAAGAUCUUCAAUCCCUUUCCUUGUGCCUUCAUUUACCUGCCUACUGCCCCCAGGUGGUUUGCUGUACAAUACAUUGAUGGGUCACACUGACAGGAUUACAGCUGUAACAGGUUUCCAGAAAGGUCUUCAAGCAAUCACUGCAUCUAGGGAUAGGACUCUAAAAAUAUGGGACCUCAACAGUGGCAAAGCUCUGCGUACAGUUCAUGGAGUUGGCAAGAACAUAGAUUCCAUAACUAUGUGCAUGCAAAAUACACUGGUUGCAGUUACUGAGAACAACUCUCUCCAAGUAUGGGAUAUCCAUUCCGGAAAGCAGAUAUUUACAAUCAGUGGCUCUCUAGAUCCUCCUAUAGUAAGGUCAGCACUGGAUGGACAGCAUUUGCUGGCCUUUUAUGAUGGAAGCCAUUCUGUUAAGAUCUUUGAUCUGUCUAACUGCUGCAGACUGUUGCACCAAGUAAACAUAUCACCAGAGAAUGACCCCAUACACAAGGAUCACACUGUUUUGGUAUCUGAGAAUUCUUUGAAUGACCAAGUUCUUUUUGCCUAUCGGAGUGCAAAAGAAGCUAUGGUGUUGAGUUCUAAAAAGGGGAAAGUAGUUGCCAAGCUGCCAGCCUGUGAUGCAGCAGCGUCCGUUCAAGGGGUGGCAGUUACCAAAGAUUAUUUCCUUAUAGUCUGCAGGUAUCCAUGCUCAAGGCUGCGUGAAAUACUCCACAUUGAACUGUUUGGUGUGAAGACUUUUGCUUAUGUCCGCACAGUAACAGGUUGUUGUAAUCAUCACCUUUCCUUCCUGUCUGUGAACGACUCAGGUUCACAUCUCGUGGCACUCUGCUGCUCUCUCAAAACAAAUAUCUCCAAGAUCGUCACCUGGAACCUAGAGACAGAAGACCACAAACACUUGGCCAAGUUCUCCUCGAUAGCAAUUGCAGGGACAUGCCUUGACCUGCAUUUUUGCCUGGCAAUCUGUGAUGGAGAGAACUUUCUGCGGGUGUGGAACUUAGCUUCCAGGAUAAAUGAUCAAUCACUGGCCAUCAGUACAAAUAAUAUGAAAAAUGCUGAAGGGAUUGUGGAAAUCACUCCUAUGAAGAAUAAUCCCAGUUAUGCUGUAUGCAGGAGCUUAAAUUCAGAAGUUAUAUCGAUCUGGAACAUCAGAAAAUCCAAGUAUAAGGGGCAGGCAGUCCAAAUGGAGAGGGGUUUGGUUGACAGUACAAACAUUGUACUGGUGAGAGAUACAAAACUCUACAUCCUUUCAGAUAAGGGCACAGCCACUCAUGCUGAAACACCUCGGCCCAUUUUCCAGACUCUCCUGAUGUAUGAUCUUCUAAAGAAAAAAUACACAACAAAGUUGACAGGCCUGUACAUUAUCCCAUGUCCGAAACACGAAUACAGAGUCCUGGCAGGGGAUCUGCUCCUAGGGUUAUCUGAAUACAGGGAUCACCUUGUUAUCUGGAACCUGAAGACUGGAUUUAUAAAGGAACGGAUCCGGCCCACAUACAAAGACCAACUUCCCAUGUUAAAUGGUCUUCCUUCUCACUCGAAGGAUGACUUCUACAAUGAGCUUCUGACCAGGAGGAAAAAAGGAAGAGAGUCAAGUGGUUCAGUAGCAUUUAUGACCCCCUGGGAAAAACGUAAUGAGACCAAGACUGCACGAAAGAGAAGGCUAGAAAAGGAAGUGAAGCAGGAAAUCACAAUAUUACAGCAGUUCUAUAAAGAGAAAUCCAACCCCAUUGAUCAGUAUCUUCUAAGUGGGGAUGAGAAGGUAAUCGUUUGCUCCUACUUCGCACACCAUCUUGCUGUCUUUAGUUUGGAGACUGAGACUCACACACACACCCUCGAAGACAGGACAUCUAUGCUCUUCUUGCACAAUGCAGCAUUGACGAACAGUGGCACCUACCUUGUGCUGUCAAACUAUAAUGAUGCAGAGAAAGUUAGUUACGUCACUUUGUGGGAUUUGUGCGCUGGCAAGGUUAAAAAACGUUUAAAAAAUGAACCCAAUGUCUGUUGCACUGCGAUAACGAACACUGCUGACCGAAUAGUGUUUGGUGUUGUGGAAGCAAAGAGACUGAAAGUGUGGGAUCCCUUCAGAAAAGGCCACAAGACUAUCCCUGGUUACAAAAACCUUAACUUUGGAACGAACAGUGCAGUGCACUUGAUAGAUGGUGGAUCAAAAGCUAUUGUUCUGGCAGGUGAUGUCAGUGUAUGGGAUCUAGAUGGUGGCACUGUACUAUCAAUUUUUACUCCUGACAGUGCCAUUAUAACCAUGACUCUAGCAAAUGAAGGCAACCUUAUUCUUCUUGGCAUGAGCAACAACCCUGUCCUCAUCACCUUAAAGCUGACAUCGAAGAAUAAACUUCAAUUAAGUUCAGAAGUAAGAGAUAUGUUUGGAGAAGCAUCAAGUAGCAGUGAAGACGAUGAUAAAUUACAAUUAAAAUCACUGACUCAACCAAGUCCAAGUGGAAACUGAAAUCCUAGUUGGGCUGCAAAGAAUCCAUUAAAAGAUCUGUGAAAGUUGAUACCAUUCAGUAGAUAUUACUGAAUUUUGCAAGGUCUACUAGCCCAAGAAUUCCCACUUAUACUGAAACAGAAAAAGAUUCCAUUUAAAUGUAUGUGUUACUUAAGAGUUGCUUUCAAUACCAGAAUUCUAUGCUUUCUGAAUGAAUUCUCACUGUUUGAUAUCUUUUCA